AGACGACGGUCGCAUCCAGUUGGCGGAGCAGAGGAUCGCGCUGACAGGCCAGCAGUCCCACAGGCGUCGAGUGUUCAUGAGAGGAUUCUGGAUAAAUCCACUCCUUGAGCAGAGGCGAGACCACGCGGUGUUCUGACCCAGGAUUACGAGCCUUCGAGGCUCGUUAUGUGCGCUGGGGAUGAACUGGGACGACUCCCCGGAUCACGUCAUGAUCAUGUCAGGAUAAAGUGGAUCAGUACCGGUGGCACUGUUCCUUGAACACUCUUUGCCAUGGACCGCGACGACGACCGACCCGACCAGCCACUCCUUGAUAGAACGGCUUUCUUUCUAGAGACUCAUAUAGAAGACACAGCAGGAACGACAGAACUAGAGAGCCAACUCCUGCUCAAACUCGACAAACGAAUGUCCAUCUUGGUCCUGAUCUAUGUGCUAAACUGGAGGUCUUCUCAUACGCGUGUACGGACUACGGUGGAAUGAAAAUCCCUGAACAGAUAUUGACCGAAAUAAUGCGAGUGCUGCGAGGUUGCAUGGGUUCGAACAAGAUCUCCAUCUUACCGGAAAUCAAUUCGCCAGCAUUCUCUCGAUACUCUAUGUCGGAUAUCUCGUCAUGCAAAUACCUUCCAAUAUCUUUCUGGCAUACCUUGGUCGACCUUCCAUCUAUCUACCCGGAUGCAUGAUGGUCUGGGGGCUACUGUCCGUUUCCACGGGCUUCGCAACGAGCUUCGUGGGGGUAUGUAUACCCGUUUCUUCAUCGGUUGGUUGGCAACGUGCCAUCUGUUAUCGCUGUUCAUCGUGUGUUGCAGGCUUCACUGAAGCCGCAUUCUUUCCUGGCGCGCUGGUCAGUGAUCUUUCCGUUCACAAAUUGAGACCUAUUAGCCGAACUGGUGCAGUUCCUGAUUUCGAAAUGGUACACAAGGAAGGAGCUAUCGCAGCGCACAGCGCUCCUGUCGUGUGGAUCCUUGAUCAGCAAUGCGUUUGGUUCCUUGAUCGCAUCGGGUAUCUUGGAUUCGAUGGACGGUCGAUUGGGCUAUGCAGCAUGGCGGUGGCUUUUCUUCAUUGAGGGUUCUUUGACCGUAGCGGUUGCUGUCGCUGCCAUGUUUAUCCUACCGGAUUUUCCCGAGAACUCGUCGGACUGGUUGUCUCCCGCAGAACAGGCUUUGGCUGAGAAACGAAUGACAGAGGAUGCGUAUGAAGGGGCUUCCAUCCUCAAGGGCCCAGUGACCCAAGGGCUCUCCAUGGCAGUGCGAGAUUGGAAAGUCUGGUGGCUCGCUGGGACCAUGGCCAGUAUUGUGACCUCCCUCAGCUUCAAUGCCUAUUUUCCGACUCUGGCUGAAACAAUGGGAUACGGAAAUACGGUGACGCUUCUGCUCUGCGCGCCGCCGUGGUUUUUCGCCACUGCGGUCAGCUUUCUGGUCAGCCGGCACUCCGACCAAGCCGGGGAACGUUUCUGGCAUGUCGUGGGACCUCUGUUGCUCGGCAUAUUGGGGUUUCUGCUGGCCAUGUCGACGAUGAACACUCUCUUGCGUUACAUCUCUCUCUUUUUGAUGGCUCAGUCCUAUGCGGGGCACAUUGUUUUUCUGUCGUGGAUCUCAGGCUGCAUGCGCCCAGCCUCGAAACGCGCUGUUGCUCUGGCAUUGACCAACGUCGUCGCAUCCUUUGGAAACAUCGGGGGCUCGUCCGGACGCUUCUCCAACAACUUCUUCAAUCAAGGCUGGACUAAAUUCAAGCAGCCAGGUCUCGUGGAUGACGAUCUCACUUGCCUCCUUACCAUGACCGACAGGGUACUGGAAGAUUGGUCUUUUACUCAGAUCGGAGGCGGACAGGGCACGAAAGACGGGGAAUGGUCGCAGGUCUCGCAGUUCCCCACAACCGUCCAUGUCGAGUUGCUGAAACUGGGGAGGAUCCCCGAUCCCUUUGUCGCUCUCCAUGAGUGGGACGUGCAAUGGGUUGGGGAGAGUCGAUGGGCUUUCCGAUCGAGCUUCACUGUCUCCGACAAAGAGCUCGCCGUUGCUCACACCGAUCUCUUGUUCGAGGGACUCGACACAUAUGCACGCAUCCUGUUGAAUGGGACCGAAAUCGGCACGACCAACAACCAGUUUGUGGCCUCUCGGUUUGACGUGCAGUCUCUUUUGAAGACUGGGUCCAACGAGCUGCUGCUCGAGUUCGACAGCGCGUUCACUCGCGGUAAGCAAGCGGAGAAAGAGCACGGGGCGUUGAAUCUGUGGAACGGCGAUUCUAGUCGCCUCCAUGUCCGCAAGGCGCAGUACAACUAUGGAUGGGAUUGGGGCCCCGUCUUGAUGACUACUGGGCCUUGGAAGCCCAUUCGACUCCAAGCAUACACCAGUCGAAUCUCUGAUAUCGACAUCCGCGCGGACGUGUCCGAAGGUCUCGACGUGACACUCUCAGCCAAAUUCUCUUUUGAGAAACUGGAUGGGUUCGCGUCUUUCACAUUCAAGAAUCCUGACGGCAGCAUCCAAGUUUCGUCAACGAAGAUGCCGACCGCUGAAGGGUCUGCCUCAGUCUCAUUCUCAUUCAAGCCGGAUCAACUGCAGCUUUGGUAUCCUGUUGGUUACGGCGAACAGGCGCUCUAUUCGGCAGUCGUGGAGAUCACCGAUUCGCAAGGAAAUAUUCUCGAUACUCAGACCCAGAACGUUGGGAUCCGUCGAGUCCGUAUCGUCCAGGAGCCAUUAGCGGAUCAGGAGGGUUUAACCUUCCUCUUCGAGGUCAACAAUAUCCGCAUCUUCUGUGGUGGCUCAAACUGGAUACCGGCAGAUUCUUUCUUAACGACCGUUACGGCAGAGCGCUAUCGUGCUUGGCUGCAGCUUCUGGUAGACGGCAACCAGAACAUGGUCAGGGUUUGGGGCGGAGGCAUCUAUGAAGCCGAUGCAUUUUAUGAGAUCUGCGACGAGCUCGGUAUCCUUGUAUGGCAAGAUUUCAUGUUCGGUUGUGGCCAGUACCCCGCAUAUCAAUCCUUCCUUGACUCCGUGCAAGAAGAAGCGGAGCAGAACGUCAAGAGACUUCGCAAGCAUCCAUCCAUAGUCAUUUUCGCGGGCAAUAACGAGGAUUACCAGAUCGCGGAAUCACUCAACCUGGAGCUUGACUACGCUGAUGAGAAGUCUGAUUAUUUGAAAACCAACUUUCCAGCUCGGCACAUCUAUGAGCGAUUAUUGCCCGACGUCGUCGGCCGCCUGUCGGACGUCUUCUACCACCGAGGGUCUCCGUAUAGUGGACAAGGCAAGCCCACUACCGACAAGGCGUACGGUGAUCUGCACCAGUGGAACGUCUGGCACGGAACUCAAGAACCGUGGCACAAAUGGGACACCCUGGCCGGCCGAUUCGUGGAAGCAUACCCUAAUAUGCGCACCGUCGACUAUUGGCUGGACGGCAAGGUCUCGGAGCGUUACCCGCAGUCCCGGACCAACACCCAGCACAACAAGGCUGAUGGCUUUGAGCGCAGACUGGAGUUGUAUCUCGUCGAGAAUUUCAAGCACUCAUUCGAUAUGGAAAGCUACUGUUACUACACCCAGGUGAUGCAGGCCGAGACGCUUGCUUCUGCCUACCGACUGUGGCGACGCAACUGGGCUGGAAAAGGGCGGCAAUAUACUGCAGGAGCUCUAGUCUGGCAAAUCAACGACUGCUGGCCUGUCACAUCAUGGGCUAUCGUCGACUACUUCCUUCGCCCAAAGCCUUCUUAUUUUACCAUCGCUCGCGAGCUUCGGCCGUUUACUGUCGGUAUCAAGCGUAUGGAAGUCAAGAAAUCCCUCGAUGAUCUAUCUGCUGCGCAGUUCACGAUCCGGAGUCUGAUCGAAAUCUGGGGAACCAACAGCACUCUCGCCGAGAAGAAGGCUGUCCUGGAAGUUACCUGCUUCGAUCUGGACUCGGACGGCUGGCGCGAUCAGUGGAAGAAAGAGGUGCUGCUGCAGCCCAACUCGAGCACCGAACUUUUCCAGGGUGAUCUGCCCGGCCAGCCUGAGCGCACGAAAUACAGCCAGACUCCGAAACCAAUCGUCGUCUCUGCGAGACUACUGGACGACCAAGGCGUUGUUCUAGGGAGAUACAGCAACUGGCCUGAGCCAUUCAAAUUCAUCAAUUUCCCUGCUGACACUUCGAUUUCGGUGGCCGCCCACGGAGAGACGAUCACGCUUUCGACCAACAGACCGGUCAAGGGUCUUGUGCUGGAAGUCGAUGGCCCUGAUGUGACAUGGAGCGACCAGGCCCUAGAUCUGGUUCCAGACGAUCCUCAGACGAUCCGCGCCGCCGGGUUGGAUGGGCGCAAAAUCCACUUGAGGUACCUGGGCGAUGGCACGGCCUGA